AUGGGUGAAAGUGUGACAUAUGCUGAUCUGCGGUUCUCCAAGGCCCCCCAAGGAUGGAGCAUGACCCCCCGGGUGCAGGUUUCAGCACCACCAGUCCCGGACGAGGCUGACGACACGUAUGAGAACCUCCAGCUGGGCCCAGUGGGUGAGGGGCCAGCUGGGCAUGGGGCCCAGCGGCACAGAGAGCCCCUGUGGAGAGCACAGCCCUUGUCCCUGGGCCUGCUGGCAGCCUGCCUGGUCCUGCUGACCACCACCAUUGCCCUGGGGGUCUGCUACUGGCAGGAGGGGCAGCAGCUGCAGCAGGCGUCCCAUGCCCACACGACCGAGCGUGAGGGCCUGUUGCAGCAGGUGGGAACCCAGGAGAAGCGGCUGGGGCAGACAGGUGCGGCGCUGGCACUGGCCCACGAUCAGCUGAAGAAGGUCAGGGUGGAGCUGGCACAGGCACGACAGGACAUGAACCACAGACAGGAGGAGCUUCAGAAGUCCAGGGCAGAGCUGCUUGAGACCAGGGUGCAGCUGAAGCUGGCACAGGAACAGGCCCACAACCUGCAGCAGCAGCUGGACAAGGCUGUCAGAGCCCAGGCCAGCAUGUGGCCCUCCCAGGUCACAGACUGCUGCCCAGAGGCCUGGGUGCUGUACGGUGGGAAGUGCCUCUUCCUCUCAAAGCAGAAAAAGACCUGGGACCAAAGCAAACAGGAGUGUCAACGGAUAAAAUCCCGACUCCUCAUCCCCCGGGACUGGGACCACACUGCCAUGGAGAGCUUUCUUGGCCACACGGACAUCCCGUACUGGAUCGGACUCAAGAAGACCUGGGACUCCAAGACCUUUGUGCAGAAGUGGCAGUGGGAGGAUGGUACCACAUACAGACGGCCUGAGAGCACGAAAACUUACGGUAUAUAUGGAAUAAUAAAAGGGAGCAGCAUAGAGAUCACAGCACGGCACACAGAGAACCGCUGGAUCUGCGAGCAGUCGACCAGCUGCCCUCAGGGAGCCACAAGGAUGAACUCUGGGCCAUGAAUUUGGGAGUCUCCCAUGAAUACAAAAGCGCGUUCCCACAGCAUCGCAGCAUAAGGGACUCAUGUCCCGUUUCCUCCUUGUCUGCUGGACCCUGCGUGCCCCCUCCCCGCAUGGGACUGGGGGUGGCUCUGCCUCCCCUGCUCACCCUGCCUCUUCCCUUCAGCUCCAGUGGCUUCAGGGACCAGUUCCCACUUGCACCAGUAUA